AUGACGUUGGAAGAAUUGUGCAAGAAAUGGGAAAUUUGCCAACGUCAGAGGAAUAAACCGCUUGCUGGUAUUCCUCAUCCAUGGAUGUAUCCCACAGCACCUUGGGAGAGAGUUCACGCAGAUUUCGCGGAGUUUGAAGGUCAACACUAUCUUAUUAUGAUUGACGCUUAUUCGAAAUGGUUGGAAGUGCAUGAAAUGGGCACUAGUACAACCGCUAGUAGAACAAUAGAGGUGAUGAGGCGAGUUUUCACUUUUCAUGGCAUUCCAAGACGAUUAGUGACAGAUAAUGGUCCACAAUUCAGGUCAGUAGAAUUCCAGGAGUUCAUGAAAGGAAAUGGUAUCAAACACCAACUCACCCCUCCGUACCACCCAUCGAGCAAUGGACAAGCAGAACGAGCAGUUCAAAUUUUCAAGAGAUCUAUGGAGGCACGACCAAAAGGACGUACUAUUCGACAUCAAAUAUCUAUACUACUGCUGCAGUAUAGGUCGACUCCAAAUACCUCAACAGGAAAAACGCCAUCCGAAUUGCUAAUGGAGAGAGUCUUACGAACAAGACUAAGUCUUGUUAAACCUACAGUUGGAGGAGAGAUUCGAGACAGACAGGAGAGCCAAACAGAAGCUGCAUCCAGAAAUCGUGAGAUGUUACCUGCAGAAUCAGUGGCAGUAUGGAACACAAGACAAGAUAGUCGGGGACGGUGGCUCUCUGGAACAGUAGUUCGAUCAGAAACUGGGACCGAGCAACUAUCUUGUAAACGUGAAUGGUGA